AUGGAAGUUUUCUCCAACGCACAAUUAAUCGUAAUGACCACCUUGAUGUUCAUAGGCGGUGAAAUUUUCACUUCCAUGGUAGGACUUCAUUUAAAGAGGUCCAAGAUUAAAACAGCCUGGAAAACUGAAGGAAAAGCAACUACUGUUGAUCCCAACUAUUCUGUUGAUCAAAUUCAGUUAAGUACACAUCCAGUCUCCGACUACAGAGCACACCCGUUUGAGCCUCAAAAAUAUGCCUCAUCACCAUAUUAUAACAUGAUUCUCAACUACAAUUCAAUCAAAUUUUUGGGUUUCGUAGUUUUAGGCUAUCUUCUGGUAAUUCAAAUAUUAGGUGUUGCAUCUGUUUCAGUGUAUCUAGCCCUUUUUCCAAGUGCAAAAGAUGUACUGAGAAAAAAGGGUAUUGAUGCAUUCACUUUUGCUGUCUUUACAAUAGUUUCAACCUUUGCUAGUUGUGGUUUUGUACCCACAAAUGAAAACAUGAUAGUUUUUAGCAAGAAUUCAGGUCUUUUGUGGAUUCUUAUUCCCCAAAUCCUUCUUGGGAAUACGUUAUUUCCAUCGUGUUUGAGAUUUUUGAUAUGGGUUUUGGGGAAGAAAAUCAAAAAGGCUGAGGCCAAAUACCUGUUGAAGAAUACAACAAAAGUAGGGUACCUCCACUUGCUUCCUAGCCUGCAUUCGUCUUUCCUAGUAGCGACGGUGCUCGGGUUUAUUCUCACAGGGUUCAUACUAUUCUGCACUCUCGAGUGGAAUUCAGCUGGCUUGAGCGGACUCAAUACUUAUCAGAAAGUCGUUGGCAUUCUCUUUGAAACAGUUAAUGCAAGGCAUUCCGGUGAAACUAUUGUGGAUCUCUCAACAAUUGCACCAGCCAUCUUGGUGUUCUUCGUUGUCAUGAUGUACCUUCCACCAUAUACCUCAUUUCUACCAGUUCAGGAGGAUGAACAAAGCCCACUUGAGUGUGAAGGGACGAAGAGAAGAAGAAAAUGGAUUGCCAAAAAUCUCAUAUUUUCACAGCUUUCAUUUCUCGUCAUCUUUAUUAUUCUCAUAUGUAUUACAGAAAGAAAGAGCAUCAAAGAAGAUCCCAUCAACUUCAGCGUGCUCAAUAUCGUAAUCGAAGUUAUAAGUGCUCAUGGAAAUGUGGGCUUCACGACUGGCUAUAGUUGUGAACGUCAGCUACGGCCUCAAGCAAAUUGUACGAACAAAUGGUACGGAUUCUCCGGAAAAUGGAGUGACGAGGGUAAAAUAAUUCUCAUUCUUGUCAUGUUUUGUGGAAGACUGAAAAACUUCAAUGUGAAUGGAGGUAAAGCAUGGAAGCUCAUGUAA